AAAUUCACCAAUUUAUUAAUGAUUGAUGGCAAAAAGAUAAAAGCAUCUAAAAUUCUUUUUAAUAUUAUUAAAGAAAUUCAAUCAAAUUUUACACUUUUACGUGUAAUUUCAAAAGCUCUUGAAAAUCUUGUCCCAAAUUUGGAGGUUCGUAAAGUUAGGGUUGCUGGAUCUACGUACAUUGUUCCUGCAGUUUUAUCAAAAAAAAAACAAGAAACCUUAGCUUUAAAGUGGAUUAUUGAAUCUGCAAAAAAAAGACAAAAAAAUUCAAAAUUAGAAUUUUCAGUAUGUUUGGCGGAUGAAAUGUUAGAAGCUUCUCGUAAAUCUGGACAAGCUCGACAAAAAAGAGAUGAAUUACACCGUUUAGCGCAAAUGAAUCGUGCUUAUAGCCGUUAUCGCUGG